CUAGAAGUCAGUCGUGAAUUGUCAAAAAAAUAACCAAACAAAACUUGCUACAAAUCAAAUAAAUCGAUUUUAAUUACUGAAUACUAGUCAUUAUCAGUUCAAAUACGUAAUUAUUUUGAGAAAUAAUGGAAGAAAGCAAGCGCAGUGCAGCAGAUCUCCAAGAAAACUGUUCGAAAUAUCAACAACCAACAGACCAAGUGAUAGAAGACUCUUUAAAAAAACAAGUUUAUCUCUGCAAACUAGACCCAGAAAAUGGUGUAACUCUUCAUGUUCACCUUUUCAAGAACGUUCGGAAUGUCGAAGAUAUACGGAUGAACAUAUUGAAAGGUACCUGGAAAUGUGCAAUAAUAAAGCCCGCCCUAAUAUUAGACCCAUUGCAAAUUGCCGUUGCUGCCAAUAAAGCGGUGAUCUCAGAGCAACGCAAUGCAAUGACCACCAGAAAUGUGUACACUGAAGUAUUGUUCAACUUGUCUAUCACCAAAAACAUUGGACAGAGUCUGAACAAGUUUGGAAUAGAGAAAGAUACUGACAUGCUAGUGUGCUUCUUGAUAGCAUCGGAAGACAACAGUGCUGAAAUCUUAUCAAAAAUUGAGGGUGAAAGAUGUCCUAUUAGCAGCCUUAUUGAAUUUAGGGACCUAAGGAAAAUAAAAAAUGUGUACAAGUUUAAUGGUUUAAAAUGUGAUGUUGAUUUGCAAGAGAUGUUAAACAUUAUUAUUAGUAGAAUGGUUACUAAAAAUAUAGUCUCAUAUUAAACAAAAUAAA